AUGAAAAAUGAUACGACUAGUAGGUCCAGCACCGUAGGGAUCUGUAGUGAGGAUGGUGCUAGAGUUUCAUAUGAUUAUUACUUCAGUUUAGAUUCGAGAAAUAAGUUGACCAAAACUGCAAGUCAGCAGAGGAGAGGAAGGUUGGUCCAGUCAUUUCCUCCUCCACCGCCGCCGCCGCCACCAACAAGAGAGUCUUCGGUACCACCAGCAGAACGUCUGACUACGUCUAGCGCCACAUCCAGUGUCAUAUGUAAGACCCCUUACUUGAGACUGGACGGAGUCCCUCGCAACUUACCAGAUCUCAGAUCAUACAGUGUUCUAGCUGGAAGUACGACUUUCAUUAGAAGUAGCGGAAUAAGGGGAACACUUCCUCGAAUUAGGAAGUUAGAAGUUAGGAAGCAAUGUCACAUGCCCUUAGCCGACGUUCUGGUUUCCAGUGGAGGUCCCACAAGCGGCAGUCAGCACGGCUCAACAUCUGUAAAGCGUGCAAGUGAAGUUGAUUCACAUGAACAGGACGCAGCUACCGCUCUGCUGGUUCUUAAGCAAUGUAGUCUGAAAGUAGCAGACAUGACGAGGAGUUGGUCUCAUCUCAAUACAGUACCCUUGUGUGACUUCAUCGUUGCCCAAAAAAACUGCCAGAGAAUGUUGGACAACAUCGAAACUUUAAAAGACGUCAGAAUACAGGUCAGGGAAGCAACGGCCGUGGAGGAUGUGAAUCAAAAUGAUGAGCUCACACGGCAUGCUAUCGAGAAACGGAAGCGUAAGAACUUAUACAAAUCCCGCUCUAGGGCCUUUCCUUCACGAUCGUCAUCAGUCAUCUCAGUAGUUAACGUCAUUAAGAAAGAGAGGGAGAACGAAACACGAAGCCAAAGUACUUCGUCUGAAUGUACUACCACAAAGUCGCCAACCGAAAUGGCCUGUGAUAUAUCACGGCAGGAGCCGCAUUCAUCAUACAAUGAGCCUAGCCGCCAGUCGUCAUCGUCAUCGUCAUCGGAUUACGCGAAAAGAGUACUGGGUAAAAUUGGCAAAACCUCGAAAUCUGGAAAGAACAGGAAUACCCAUAUGAAGUGUUUGCAGUGUUCUGCGACUGAUACUCCUGAGUGGAGAAAAGGGCCCGUAGGGCCUACAACCCUUUGUAACGCUUGUGGAUUGUUCUAUAAGAAGUUAUUGAAAAGGUUUGGCGGAGACACAGCGGAUGUAAUCAUGAAAAUGCGGCAAAUCAAGAAUCCUCAGGACAGAAAAGUUCCGAGGAGCGCUUCUUCGUGA